GUCGGUUUUGGAUAGCUCUCGUUUACAGUUAGAGUUCUCUUGCCGUUGUGCGUGGUUACCGCACCAGGAGUCGCAUCAGCGCAGACUCCAGACGUCUACAUUGUACUUGAAAGCGAUCCACGGCGACGCCUAGAUAAUGGAGCAGUCGCAGCAGGGUGAAGGGUCUGGGCGAGACGAAAGAGACGAUCAGUUAACGGCGAAUAGAUCUGAUUCUGAAACAGAAAUGGAAAAUGUUGCUGACCAACCUCUAGCUUCAUCAAAACCUGAAGAUAUAGAGGAAGCACCAGAGCAAAGCGUUGCUAGAAAACACAGUACCAACUCUGUUCAGAGUUUGGAAGAUGUGGACACGGAAGACAAAACUGCAGCAAUACCAACUUCACCUAGAUGCACAAAACCGCAAACGGUCCCGUCAAAUACCUUCUCAAAAUUCAAAAUAGUCAAACCUAAACAAAAGUCCAGAAAGAAAAUUCAACGAGAAGAAUACAAACGAAAGCAGGAGAGCGAAAAGAUUGGCAAAGAAUUGGUAGAAAUAUGGAAGAAACAAGAGGAAAAAGAAGAGAAAAGAAAGAUUGCUGCAGCUGCUGCUGCUACGGCCUUCAUUGACGAUACGGCUAUGGCUCAGGACAAUGCCGCUAUAGGAAGAGAUAACGACACAAAAGAGCUAGAGAACGUGCAACCGGAUGUUCGCGGUGUUCAAUUCGAAUCAAGUACCGCUAAGCGGCGGCGUCGCGCGAAACAACAGUCACCGAUAGCUGCUACGACUGAACAACGCACAACAAGUAGUCCACAAGCUACACUUAAUAUCACAGAGACUACAAACCGAAGUCCGACGAAACUUCAUGUUGCCAACGCUGCUAAGGGCAGUAAAGCUUCGAGCGUUAGUACCAAAGCCCAGAAAAUGUCAUUUCCGUCGUCGAUGAAUGAGGGCGAGACCAGAACAGGUAGUACCACAACUGGAAUUUCAAGGCAAUCGACAAGAAAACCAGCCACAAUACCGGAAACAAGACAGAGAGAGUUAACUCGGCGUAAAGGUGUGUCUGGUGUUGCAAAGGACCACCAUACUUAUACGAAUCAACAGUACCAAGAGCUGAUUGCAUCCCAGUCUCCCGUAAAGUCACUGCUGGAAGACGUUGUAAGAAGAAUCAAUUUGUAUAGUCAUGAAGCUGUGGCCAGUGACACCAGCCAAAAUCCGUUUUUACGGUUUCGUCAAGAAGUCAUUGAUAGAGGCAGGGUUGUGUGCUGGAUUUGCUUUAUUAAAGACGGUGGUGUCCUGACCGAACGAGAUGAAAAGAUAGACCGCUGUCCAGUCCACAUAAAAAACAAUUGGAAUCCGAUGUUGGUGUGGCCUUCUGGUUCUUCUUGGGCCUCUGUCCGUCCUCGGCACGUGCUUUCAAAGGCUACUGGUUUGUUUGGGGUGUGCCGCAGAGGUCCGGACUGUUGUGGUCCGCGCGACUGUCGACGUCCUCACAACAAGACAGAGAAAGAUGCGUGGACACUAGACAGAGAUGGAAUAAUUUGGAAAAAAGACACAAGGCCGCCUCCCCGUCCAUACUAUCUCAAAGAGUGCAAAAACUACCAGAAAUAUCUUAGGUGUCCAUACAAACAUUAUUGUCGUUGUGCUCAUGGAAAAGACGAACUUGAAGAGUGGAUCCAGUAUACUGCCAAGCAGAAACACGAGAAACAAGGACAAAGUUGGAGGCAGCAAGUCUGCGAUGAGCUAGUCAACAGGUUAAAAAUCGACGGUGACCUUGCUUCAAAUGAUGUGAUUACCGAUCAAAGGCAAGGAGUCGAGAUUGAAAAGGAAGAAAUACUUAUUGAUUUGUCCAAGUCCCAACAGUAUGAGGAAGAAUUUGUUAUUAAUGUUACUGAUGAGAUGGGUUGCUGUUUGAAUCGAGCAGCUUUGCUGCGUAGAGACUGUUUUACGUUUGUUGAGCCUGCUACACCUGAUCUACUUCUCUCUGAUGAUGGCAGAGUACUAGAAUGUGCGAGUGUAAACGGUUUGUCAAACGUUUUGAUUCGUGUAAAGUUUGAAAGCGCUACAGCUGGAUCAUUUGCUUGCGACCUUAUUUUCGACCUCGGUGGAUGGCCCUAUCUUGUACGUACAUUGAGGGUUGAAGUUGUAAGUACGGAAACUGUAGCGGCUCUCAAACAACUUCAGUGGCAUACUCGACCAAAAGAUGACCACUGGGAUGUUGAAGAAAAUGAGAUUAUAUAUCCCAACAAUUUGGCAUGCGAUACCCGGUAUAGUAUACCUAUCCCUAAUGCUGCAUCACUUGCCAGCGAUAUCAGUCGGUUGGGUAUCGUUGGCGACGAUCAGAAACAAGAAUUGACGAAAUAUCGUUACAAACCAUUGUUUCACACUCUGCUGUUUUUAGAAGAGAUCAUUUGUGACGAAUUCUUGCGCAAUUUUAGUGCCAAGGACGUCGUAUUGUCGACCGACGACAACAAAGCGCUAGCCGGUAUUUGGACGGUCACCUUGAAUAGACCCGUUCCUCCUAAAACAGCGGAGAUGGCACUGAUCAAGCUCGACGAACACAUAUACGCCGUUCCAGUGAUGUCCGUGACUGACGUCUCUGUCGAACUAAAUGUUUCCGUAAACCCUCGUUUGGCCAAAGUCGUACGCGAUCGCGGCUGCUUUAAGAUAUGCGUCGAUUGCCGACUGAAACGCAAUAAUACACAUUUUUCUCAAUUACACCGCUCAGUAGAAAACCUUCGCGAUGAUGUUAUUGUUACUCACCUGCUUGGUGAAGUAGACCGAAGUUUCUCGAUUGCAGUACCGUCAUUUGAAGAUUUACUAGACCCCGAAAUUGGCAACAAUAGGAGGCAGAAAAAGGCUGUUCUUGCAAUUUUGAAGCAUUCGUCGCCUUUGCCUCUUAUCAUCAACGGAGCAUUUGGGACAGGGAAGACGCGGCUGCUUGCUGAAGCUGUUCGGUUACUGACUGCAACAAGGGACGAUAUCCGGGUGCUGAUAUGCACUAUGUCAAAUCACGCGGCCGAUUUGUACGUGCAAUCAUUUGAUCGAUCCACCCACGAAAACUCAUGUAGAACUCGUCUGAUGAGAGUAUGCUACAAGUUUCGUAAUAUUAGUACGGUACCAGCGGUCGUUAGAAAAUACUGUGAUUACGUGGACGAUCAAUUUGUGACGCCGAGCGUAGAAGAGUUCAAGAACGCGGAAGAAUCGUUGAUUGUCGUCACAACUCUGAUUACUUCUGCCGAAUUGUUAGAUGUCGGUUUGGAGGUUGGAUUUUUUACUCAUAUAGUGAUAGACGAGGCCGCCCAGGCAACGGAACCCGAAAGCGUUACACCUCUUGCUUUGGCAGGUUCUAAAACCGUGCUCGUGCUGGCUGGUGAUCGUUGCCAAAUUAACCCAUCUAUUCAAUCUUCUUGGGCGCGAUCGGGAAAGCUGCAGCGCUCAUUGUUUCGUCGUCUCUACAAGUUACUACCAUCUAAAUCUAUUAUUAGUUUGAUUACCAACUACCGAUGCAAUUACGAAAUUUUUUGUCUCACUUUGUCGUUGUUUUAUAACUAUGACGAUGCGCAUCCUGAUCAGUGCAAGGCACCAGUUCAAGACCCUCAUCCAGAUUACCACCCGUUUUCGUUUUUUGCUGUUACAGAAGGCACAGCCGAACAAGGAGGAUCAGAUGGUUCUUACGUGAAUCUAAAGGAAGCCUUAGUAGUCGUAGAUCAGGUUAUGAAAGUGUUGUAUAGAUGGCCAAUGGAGUGGAGAGAGCGUUCAGAGGCUGACGUUUGUGUUGUAGCAUCAGAAUACCGACAGGUUCAAUACAUUAGACAUCGUUUGAGAUCUGCUGGGCUUUCAGGCGUGAGUGUCCUUACAUCUGGUUCUAUUCAAGGUAGAGAGUUUCGUGCGGUCGUGUUGAGUACCGUAAUGACAGAUAGGGAAUAUUCUGAAGAAUACGAAAGGGAACCAAAUUUUCUUUCUAACGUUAAGAUGCUCAAUACGGCGAUGACGCGAGCAAAGUCUUUAGUGUUAGUUGUAGGCGACCCAGAUUGUUUAGCGCGCUGUAAGAUAGGAGAGAAAUGGAUGCGAUAUCUUGAAGAAUGCAGACACGCUGGACCGAGCAGCUUAAUGGGUGAAUCCAACGCCAUUGCAAAAAUCGUAGAUCGCACAAGCAACCUGAACCCAGAUGCAAGGGACUUUAUACCAUUUAGCGAAGAUGCUUUAGUAGAUCUUCCAGCGGUGGAAAUUGUAGAAGGACCGUGUCAUGCACAACUCGGUACCGAUGAGCCGGAACUCGGCGAUAACGAUAAUGAUGAUGAUGACCAUUUGUCUACAAGAUCUGAAGAUUCGAAUUCAUGGUAUUGUCCGUCCGACUACACCAGCGACUCGGACAGUUCUAUUGAUUCAAGGUCAGACGAGCAAGAUGAAGAAGAUGCAGAGUUGCCCGAACGUACCAGAAGACGAUAUUACGAUCACCUUCUCCCUGAACGAAAAAUGCUUGAUUUACUCGAAAGCAAACCAGAACGGUACGUUCGAUGUAUUUUGACGGUCACGUCCGGUGGAGAGAUCGCUCACGGUGUGGUUGCCGACCGGUCUAAGUCCGACAUAUUGAUCGAGGGUCGGCGCCGAAGAAACAGGGCAUUUGACGGCGAAGAAGUUUUGGUGAAAACGAUAAAGAAGAAAGACGGCGACGCCCACGACGACGUCCCCGGUGAGUCGAAUGACGGACAAAACCGUGGUCGAGUGAUCGGAAUAUUUCGUCGCAUGAGGCCAUCACAGUUUAUCUGUCGAGUAGACGAAAGCACGACUCACAUGAUGAUACCACUUGAGCGCGGACAUCCAAUCGUUUGGAACAGGCGAUCUGAUCGUUCUCAUACCCAAUGCGGAGGGUGUGUCGUGUUGUUCGAUUACAGCACAAACAAGAGAGGAAAGAUCUGUCGUCCCGUUGAAAGGAAAUGCCUUCCGAUAAAGGAGGCGACGGACAAGUUGUUUCUUGUGCAGUUUAUGAGCUGGUCAGUCUACAGCAGAUAUCCUACUGGAAUCGCUUCGGACUGUGUAGAUGUCGGUCUGGCGUAUCAGACAAGUAAACGGGUCCUUGGUUUUCAGUAUUCCAUUCCAAACAAUGAAGUAAAAGACGUAGACGUCACAUCUGAAGUGCAACAAAACAGAGAGCUGAUUAUCGAAAAUGCGUUCACAAUCGACUCAGAACAGUCCGAAGACAUGGACGACGCGUUGGCGUUAAUGAAAUACGAUGAGAAGACCAAGAUCUGCGAAGUCGGAGUUUUUAUAGCCGAUGUGUCUCAUUUUGUGUCUAGAGACAGCUCGGUAGACAAACAAGCUCGAGACAUUGGCAUGACGGUGUACGACGAGAGAGGCCGUCAGGUGUGCCCCAUGUUGCCCAGACGACUAAGCAACGACGUCUGCAGUCUCGUCCAAGAUAGAAAACGUCGAGUGUUGGCUGUGUUUCAUCGUUACAACAUGACUACGGGAGAAUCCAUUAGUCCGGCUCGGUUUGAAAAACGAAUCAUCAAAUCUUGUUGCAAAAUGUCAUACGAGAAAGCACAGAUGCUAAUCGACGGGCAAUGUCCAGACCUGAAGUGUAGUGCAGCGAUUCGAUUUGAUCUACUCCGUCAAGUUUCGAUAUUAUUUCCGCUCAGCAGACAACUUCGAAAAAGAAGGUUGGAACGAGCAAUGCAUUAUCGAGAAGUGGAUAAGGUAAAAGACACGCUAGCGCAUGAGCUCGUCGAGGAGUUUAUGAUCAGCACCAACACCGCUGUGGCAACACAACUGCUCGAGUGUUGUCCCGAUGUGACACCGCUCGUUUGCCAGUGGGAACCAAAGCAGCAAAUGAUCGAGGAGUUGCUUACGUCGUGUGGUAACUUAACUACGACGUCGUGUCGAUUGGCAAGCAAAAUACGCCACCGUUACUGCGGAGUCAGUUCCUUUCAAAUGCUCAGCAAGAAAAACGUAUGUCCUCGUCUUCACAUAGCCAAACAAACUCUUGAUCAUAUCGAGGACGCUGUCUCUGAUGGUCGCGGCAGAGACGUCGUUACUGCCGUUUGCGUCGAAGGGUUCCAUCCCCAACUCGCUCUGGCCAACUCGAAAUUUAUUCGAAGUCAACAGAAGGCGAUAUACAUAUGCUCAGCAAAUCACGAAGAGUCGGUGUUGAAGCAUUCUGAUCUCGACAUCAUCUAUACUCACUUUACGUCUCCGAUACGACGCUACGUUGAUCUCGUAUGUCACCGUCUCGUUAAGCAAUACCUUAUCUCGCCGCGUGAUAGUCCAGCUGCUUGUUGUUACACCGAGAAUGAGAUGAAGGAAGUGUGUAACCACGUCACGUUUCGGAGUGUUAAUAUGAAGAGAUUCCAACGGGAACUAGAGUUGCUACAAUUCGCACACGAGAUACACGAUCAUCCCGUUUCUACUGUGGCUGUUAUCGAAAAAAUCGAAGGCGGUCAGCUUAGCCUUUUUGUUCCCUAUUGUCCGAAUUUACCAGCAAGAAAUUGUCAAGUGCGACUGUCCUCCCUCAGUGCUUGUGCCUGCGAUCACACGACAGUGGACGAAGUACCGGCUUUGUCUGUCUCGUGGGCUAUCGAUAUGCUGCCGGUGCUUCCGUCGGGGUCUUCUCGCGGACUCGACUUGACGGAAAACGAGUAUGUCUCUGUUUCAACGAAUCUUUGGAAAGAACUUGUUUCUGAGGUGUCAAAAAGCGUUGAGCUUAGCGAAGAGAGUAUGAGAUAUUGUGAGGAAAUAGUUUGUCGCAUUAUGGGAGACACAACUCGAUCAGAAUCGUUAGCAGUCGCUAGACAAGAGUUACUAUCUUUGACUUGCACAUCUCGUCCUUCUGGUAACACGGAUAGUACUAGCGUAGAGAGGCGCGAUCGAAGCGAGUGUAGUGAGGAAGACGACGAUGAUGAUAAUGAUAGUGACGGCUUUGAAGUAGUACUUAGUCGUUCAGCAAGAAGACAGCAGAGACAAGAGAGUCAGCAAGCAGGCGGCGAGCGUAGAUUUCGAAGUCACCAGAAACGAGUGAAACAAAGCGAAGCAGUGACGGCAAAAGCUGAACUUAAGCUGUUUGGCUUACUUUCGGUUCAACUCAGCAGCAAGAAGAUGAGGAGUCUGAGACGUCCUAUUGUGCAGUUAAUAAAUUUUUCAAAUGGUAUAAGCGUUUGCAUAGAGCACAAUUCGUACCCGAGUGACUGCUUCGCCGGCACCGUGUCUUCAUCAGCACUGGUGGCGUCGAAGCGAAAAUAUCGCCAUCUUGAAGAGUAUGCUCAAACGUGGCUGCCGUUGGUCGACAUCGAAUCAGCCUCUGGUAGCGUUCGCGGUUCGUCUACCGGAUCGCCCUCGUUGCUCUACGAUUUUCACGUGUCCUGGAGAAAACAAGGCAUAAAUGAAGUGAUUGGCGUUGCUACUUUGGAUCGGAACUACGCAAAGGAAAAGAAGAUUGCUUUCGACAUUGGCGAUUUGGUAUGCUUGCGAUACUUCAAUUUACCAUUUUUUUGCCGACCUAGCGACAAGUACCGUGAUGGAGCAACAGCUGAAUUAUUGAAGAGUCGUUCAUUCUUUAACUUAGUCUGUCAUUGUCGCAUUCAAGCAUCUGAGUUAGAGAGCUCUCAUGUACCGUCUCCGAAUGUGUUUGGUAAAGAUUCAGAGAAGACUGAUCAGCUGUCGAAUGACAACGAAGACGGGAAAAGAGACUUUGAGGAGAUCAUCAUCAAAUUGUGUCCCUGCGAUUGCGACCACUCAAAGAAAAAGACGUUGCUUUCUCUAAGCAAGAAGAAAACGUGUGUUGCCCAGAUGAUUCAUCUCGCGUUGCCGUACAAACGGAUGAACGACGUUCUAAAUAAGAGAAUUUAUGAAGUGAAUACUGAUGUCGUCAAGGAAACAAUAUGUGGAACUUUCAAUGGCAUCAGAUCGGGAAAGAAACUUGUAGGAGUUGCCAUCGAUCCAGUGGAUUGUCUUUCCAGGUCACUUAAAUCAUUAUUAAAGAACAGACCCUGUCUUAACAAAGGACAAUAUGAAGCGUUGCAACUCGCUUUGAAGCAAGAUGUGACACUUAUUCAAGGCCCUCCAGGCACUGGAAAGACAAUUACUGGCGUUCACAUAGCUUGUUGGUUUGCCGACAGUAACAAAAAGUACAACCAACUUUCCAGUAACAAAAAACGACAAGUAAUGUUCUGUGCCCCGUCGAACGAAGCAGUGGACCAAGUAACAAAAAAUUUAAUGGAAGUAACAAAAAAGGAAGAGGGACAUAAACACACUCGUAUUCUACGUGUGUAUGGAAAGAGUAUCGAACAACAAAAACUCACCGGACCGUGGAGUUUCAAACGAUACGCUUACGUCGGUGUUCCGCUCGUGCUCACUAAGGAAGACACCAAUCUGAGCGACGUAGUUCUUCACAGGCGCAUUCGCGACCGUCAACACAACCCUACCGCACAGUCCAUCAUCAACAUGGAAACAGAAUUUAAAGAAAUGAUUGAAAACAAUGAGGAACCGGAUGAAACCCAAGUAGUCCAAUACCGGAAAGUCGUCUCUGAGGCAGAGGAAAGUGAGAUUAAAGCAGCUGAUAUUGUACUGUGCACUUGCAUGCAAGCGGGCAAUUUUACAAUGAGGAGUUUUGCCAGCGUGUAUCAGUGCAUUGUGGAUGAGGCAGGGCAGUGCACGGAGCCAGAAACUCUGGUGGCAAUUGCUCGACCCGAUCUAAAGAAAAUCGUUCUUAUCGGUGAUCACAAGCAAUUACAGCCUGUCGUUGUUGAUCCACUCGUGAAAAAGCAGCUGUGUACAUCUUUGUUUGAGCGUUUGGCAAGUCGUGCUUUUAUGUUGAAAGAGCAGUACAGAAUGCAUCCCAGUAUAUGCGAGUUUCCGUCGCAAAUGUUUUAUGGAGGACAGCUGCUAACUCCCGACGAGAUCAAGCGUCGUCCGACAAAGGGAGCAACACUCUGGUCUCUGCAUCCUCAAGGAGACCGCUGUCCUAAAUGUUUUAUCCAUCUCGAUGGAAAGGAGGAGCUCAAUCCAAUCGCGGAAAGAGACAAAGGAGGCGAAGAGUCAAAAUUCAAUGGAAGGGAAAUUAAUGCAGCGAUUAAUCUGGUUGAGUGCAUGAUAUCAAGACGACAUCACAUUGCUCAGUCACAAAUCCGUAUAAUAACACCAUAUACGGCACAAAGAGCCAAGCUAGAAAGUGAAUUUCGAAAGAGAAGGUGGAAAGACGUCCAAGUGUCUUCCAUAGCAGCGAGCCAAGGCGGAGAGGCGGACUUCGUGAUUUUGUCUACAGUUCGAUCUCUACCGAGAGAUCAAAUAAUGGAAGAUCCCACUAAAAAGUGGAUCAGUGAUCACUUGGGCUUUGUAACUGAUGAGCAUCAGAUGAAUGUGGCUCUCACUAGAGCAAGACAUGGUCUCUUUAUUCUUGGGAAUCGUUAUCUGCUGCAGAUAAACAAGAUGUGGCGUAGGCUGAUUCAACAUUUCAACAAUGAGGAUCGCCUUAUUUCCAAUCCGGAUGCUGAAAGGAUAAAACUUCUCUUCUAACGUGUAUGUGAGUUUCUAGACUAUGAUAUAUGUACUUACUCGAUGACACCCAUUAGUUUCGCCAAAACCACGCUGCAGCACGCUUUUAUGGCAUUUUGUAUGCGCCAUGCGCGGAUAGCUGUAUAUAUACACAUGCACAUGACUGGAAGUCAUCUCUAGUCACUAUAUUGCUUAGAUCUAGCUUUGCUAGCUAGUUUGUAUAAUCACGCAGCGUGCUUCUACACGUAUUAGAACAAAUACAAAUAGCGAA